UCCGAUGAUAGCGGGGUGAAGUCUAAAUAUUUGCCUGACAGCCUAAGGCAUGAAACUGAUCAUGCACCUGACACAAUAGUUACAUGUUAUCACGUGUCGGGCCGCAGCCGCGGUUAUAAGGCGUCAAGGCUGAACUCGGGUUGCUGCCUCAUGGCUCACUUUCGGCUUCCCUUAUGAUUCCAUGUCAUUAUUAAGGCCCUAGAAACCUCCGAAACCGCUUCUUGCUGGUGAUCUUCCAUUGAAUCCAAAAGGCAAUCUGUUGUGUAUAGGUGCCGUUGAUCGCCAACGGUUCGAACCUGUAGCAACCAUGUCCUCCCCAUCCCACAUCUUCACCCGGCGAAUCUGGCACCAGGCUGCUCAAGGAGCUCAGUCCGCGAAAUCGCCGGUGCAAUCGCUCCUAUCUGCACGGGGAGGAAAGAAUGUCGCCUAUACCUUCGCAAUUCCUUCCGCGCGAUGCCUCGGAACGUUGACCCUCUCAAGCACGCGAACUCUCCUCCAUCGGGUCCCUCGGUCAUUCCCCAGCGCAGUUUCGGAUUGCAAAGCAGCCGCCGGCUCAUCGAAACGUGUCUUCGCUACAAGUCGAGCUUUACAAGCAGCGAAGAAGGAAGUAUCAUACCGCGAUGAGAUCAAACACCGGAAUAAGGAUGAGGACGAUGUAGAGGAGGACGAAAAUGAUUUCAAGCGCUCGGAGAAGGCGUCGCAAGCGUCGCAAAUCAACCUACGAGCGAGACUCAGCAAAGAAGGAUCCAAAAACCGAGGCAUGAGUGAGAUAUGGAGGCUUAUCAUGAUAGCCAUCCCGGAGCGGAAGAUGUUGGGCGUUGCCGUCCUUUGCCUCUUCGUCUCAUCCGGUGUGACCAUGUCAAUCCCCUUCGCCAUUGGAAAGAUAUUGGAUAUUGCCAACAAAGAUCCGGAGGGAAAGGCGGACUUCCUCAUGGGAUUGGACCCAACGACGUUUUACCUCGGGCUCGCCGCGAUCUUUUCCGUCGGGGCAGCCGCCAACUUCGGACGAGUCAUCUUACUGCGGAAAGUGGGUGAACGGAUUGUUGCGCGCUUGCGGACUCAGCUGUUCCGGAAAACCAUGACUCAAGAUGCCGAGUUCUUCGAUGCGAAUCGCGUUGGUGAUCUCAUUUCUCGUCUGAGUUCUGACACCAUCAUCGUUGGGAAGAGUGUCACCCAGAACCUUUCCGAUGGAUUGCGGGCCGUCGUCAGUGGUGCUGCCGGCUUCUCCCUCAUGGCAUACGUCAGUUUGGACCUGACCCUGUACUUCCUUUACCUUUUCCCCAUCAUUGGCGGGGGUGCAUUCUUUUUCGGUCGAUUCAUCCGGAAUAUCUCCCGAAAAUUACAAAAGGGUGUGGGUACAUUGACCAAGAUUGCCGAAGAACGCCUGGGAAGCGUCCGAACUUCCCAGGCCUUUGCAGGGGAGGUGCAAGAAGUGUCACGAUACAACAAGCAAGUUCGCAAGAUCUAUGAUCUAGGAGUGAGGGAGGCCAAAUGGUCAGCCGCCUUCUUUGGUGGAACCGGGUUUGCUGGGAACAUCACCAUCCUAUACAUCCUCUUUCGCGGAAGCGGCAUGGUCCAAGGCGGAGACAUCAGUAUUGGCGAACUCUCAUCGUUUCUGAUGUACACGGCUUAUGCUGGCAGUUCGAUGUAUGGCCUCAGCGGAUUUUUCGGUGAAUUAAUGAAGGGUGUUGGCGCUGCUACCCGACUUUUCGAGUUGCAAGAUCGCACUCCACCCUCACCAACCAAGGGCGCCCGCGUUCUCUCCGCUCGUGGCGACAUUGCGUUUAAUAGUGUCUCUUUUUCAUACCCCACUCGCCCUGCCGUUUCGAUCUUUCAAAACCUCAGCUUCCGAGUCGAACAGGGUACCAAUGUUGCCAUUGUCGCGCCAUCCGGUGCUGGGAAAUCUACCGUUGCGAGUCUUCUCAUGCGAUUUUAUGUUCCUGGCUCCGGCUCCAUCACCAUUGAUGGGAAAGAUAUUGGCGAAAUGAACGCAAAGCAACUCCGUCGCAAGAUUGGCUAUGUUGGACAGGAGCCGGUGCUCUUUUCUGGAUCGGUUGCCGAGAAUAUUUCUUAUGGUAGGCCAUGGGCUACUCGUUCGGAGAUCAUCCAAGCCGCCCGCAAAGCCAACUGUGGGUUCAUCUCGGAUUUCCCUGAGGGCCUAGAAACCCAUGUUGGUGCUCGCGGUACCCAACUGUCGGGCGGUCAGAAGCAACGGAUCGCCAUUGCCCGUGCCUUGCUCAAAGAUCCCGACAUCUUGAUUCUUGAUGAAGCGACUAGUGCUUUGGACGCCGAAAGCGAGACACUGGUCAAUCAAGCGUUGCAUACGCUCCUCCGAGAGAAGAACACCACCAUUUCCAUUGCACACCGUCUGUCAACCAUUAAACGAUCGGAUCGAAUCAUCUGUAUCGGCGCUGACGGCACGGUCGCUGAGGAAGGGACCUAUGAAGAGCUAACUACCCGUGAUGGUGCCUUUACUCGAUUGAUGGAAUGGCAGAUGCAAGGAGGGGAUGCACUUAUGAAGAGAGGAGAGAAUAGGGGCGAAGAAAAGUCCGAGGAGGAGGCGAAGAAAGCUGAACCCUCAGAGGUCCCUGCUAGACCGAGGUAGCUCACGCAUUGGGUUAAGAAUCGGCAGAAUGAUCACGGCUAUUUGCAUGGUCGGCGUUUGGGUGUACCAUAUCUCAACUAUGUCGAAACUAGAGGUAGAAGCGGAGGCGUCGUCAUUCAGUCAUCGAGCCAUGGGCUUGGAACAUGGCACAAGAGUCCCUUUUAUCGCCUAUUCAUGCAGGUAACUUUG